AAAGCAAUAAGCGAACCAUGGCGAGCACAACAGCCCCUCCCGACGCGUCGAGCGCACCGUACUCGAUCCACGUCUCUGUGCCCCCACGGCUAUAUAUCGUGCCAGGGUGGGCGAUGGUGGUGGGGACGUUGAUCGGGGGCGUGCGAGGCUCACGAGCGGCGGGGCUCCGAUUCCUGGCAGAAAACGCGCACCGACCGCCACGGACGGUGCAGGGCUGGUACUUCUACAACAAAACGAAGAAUUACCGGAUGAUGCUCGCGGGGCUGCGCGACGGGGGGUCGCUGGCGGCGAAGCUGGGAUUCAUAGCACUGGGCUGGGUGACGUUCGAGGAGCUGCUGGACCGGGCGGGGUACGGAGACGUAAGAGAGAUUGGAGCAGGGGUGGGCACGGCGGGGCUGGUGGCUGGCGUAUACCGAUUGCCACUGCGGACGACGUACCAGGCGGGGGUGGUGGGGCUUGUGGCGGGGGGGACGAUGCGGGCACUGCGGUUCAUGGGCGAGGGGAUGGAGGGGCAGCGUCGGGCGAUGUCGAGGGAGGUGGAGAGUGCUGUCGAGGAGGGUGGCGAGGAGAGGGGACGGGUGGCGAGGGAUGACGCGGGGGAUUCGAAGCUGGAGAAACAAGCGUAGAAUGGGAAAUUGACCGGCAACGGGCGGGACGGCAGCACCACCUGAGGAGAGGGGCUCCAUGGCGUAUAUAAGGCUCGGAUGUGGUUGAGACCGCGCGCAACGCACGCCGACAGUCCCCAGGUUGUCCCCAGCAAUGCUCAAAUUCUUCCCGUCGUCGUUCGCGGACCAGCUGACGCCGAGGGCGUCGGUGCAAAGCUCACACCAGGCGGAGCCGAAUCCGUUCGAUGCGAGCCUUGGAGCGGGGGCCCAGGCCCCUGCGGCCGGGCAGCAGUCGACGACGCAAGGAGCGCCUCCCUCAAGACAUCAUCUCCUCCAGACGCACUCGUAUCUCCAACCCCCGCCUGCUAACACCGCCGGUGACCUCACUCCUCUCGG